AUGAAUGAAGAAGAUCGUCAAGCUCCGUCCCGGCUCUCCAAGGACAUUCAAACCUGGCAUGAAGAGUCAAUCAUUCCUCAAGACCUCAACCCUGAGGAGCGAGCCAUUGAGAAGCGUCUAGUUCGUCGGAUAGAUUUUCAUAUCUUGCCACUGGUGAUCCUGGUCUAUUUGAUGAACUUCAUGGAUAGAAAUAAUUAUGCCUCAGCAAGACUUCAAGGCCUCGAGGCCGACCUCGGUCUUGAAGGGGACCAGUACCAAAUUGGCCUUUCGGUUAUGUAUAUCAACUACAUCCUGGUUCAAGUUCCCUCGAACCUCUUGUUGAACUAUUUCGGCCGCCCUUCCCUCUACCUCGGCUUCUUCGUUCUCAGCUGGGGCUUGGUAGCAACUUUGGGGAUAUAG